GAAAGUACAAGUAUUAGGGAUCACACUAGACCACCCAAGCUACACAUGCACGCACACACGUUGUUCCUCCUGGCGGACCUCAAGACAAGGCCCAGGAGAUCAUAUUUGAUUGCUCAAGUUUAGUUCACUCCUGGUGGAUCUCAAGAAGAGGCACAGGAGCCCGUGUUAGGGAUCUACGCGUUACGGAUCCACACGGUUACGCAAGUUUACACAAGUUAUCUCAAUCAUUGCCUCCUGGCGGACCUCAAGACGAGGCACAGGAGUUCAUUUUUCACCACUCAAGUCGUCCUGUGCUGUUUCACCUAAAAAUUGUACCAAAUUGCCUUCAUCUUACCAGGCAAUACACUCGUUUUAUCCACAUUCCUUCAAUUGCCGGACAUCAAUAGACAGACAUCCAGAAGUCGUUCCAAGUUUUGCGUGUUUUGUUAACCGAUUUCGAGAUGGCUGCAAGUCCUGCCAUCACAGUGCCCAUGUUUUAUAUCGAAGCCCCAUUGAUGCCAGGUCACCGAAGCCCAGAAGCACCCCGGUUCAAGGGCAAAAUGAUUACCAAGUUUUUACGCGAGUUCGAGUUGUUGGCCGACAUUGCUUCCCUUACAGACGCAGGCAAGUGCGCCUACAUGAUCACCUAUUGCACCGAAAAGGAAGCCGAAUUUGUCCGGACCCUCCCCGGUUUCGAGACCCAGAACUGGCCCAUGCUCAAGUCAGAGCUAUUGUGCUACUACAGUGCCGAUGAAGAUGAGCCCGGAUAUCGAAUGGAGGAUCUACGAAAGUUUGUCAAGGAAGCCCGCAAGAUAAAAAGGGUAGACCAUCUUGCACGGUACCGGCGCGAGUUCCAUGUUAUUGCGAAGUGCCUACAGAAAAGGAAUGCCCUUACUGUCGUUGACCGCGAUGAUUUGUUUUACCGUGGAUUUCCGUCAAAGUUCAGACGGGAGCUCAAGUACGAACUCAGGGCACAAGGUCUUUGGUCAGACCUGACCCGACCACCGCACAUGAAUGAUGUUGUAGCAGUUGCACAGGAGCUGCUCCAAGGCGACAUAUACGAUGUUGAUUCCAGUGUGAAGUCCGAGCGACGCCCAUGUUCCAGAAAGGACGGUGAUGAUGAUCCAGUCAAUGACUUGGCGGACCAUGGAAGUGACAGCGCAAGCUUGUGCCAGAUGGCAGAUUCCACGGAUUUGGAGUUAGCGGCUGAACAACAUGAAGCCCAGGACCUAGAGAGCUCAGCUCCCCAUGAGGAAGCCUUGCCACUACAUCCCAGUUGCGGCAUCCCCGAGUCCAGGUUGUGUGGACAGUCCGAAGUCCCGGCAGUUUCCUUACUGGAGCGGGCGCCAGUUGGUGUUGAAGUUGAAGUCAGAAGCGCAGCGCUUCCAACUGAAUUGAGUCAUGUUUGCGCCGAACCGAUCGUUGUACCCACUGAUUACGAGUCUGGAUCAGGGUUCAGCACUAAGAACCUAGAAGCUAGCGAUUGUGACCAACUAGGGAGCCGUGUCGAAGUACCGGAGCUAGAAGCGAAAGAGCUUAGGCCUAUUGGCCUUGAACGCAUCUCAGAUCCACCAGUUUGCGAAGUCACCUUAGCUCCUCAGACCUCAGAUUGGGCUGAGACAGCUCAUACGUGCUCAGACAAAGCUAGAUUGCCUCAGACAAUGGAGGCAAUGGCAUGCGUUGACAAGAAUGAGCUGAAUGACUUAAGUGCGACGACUUUGAACUCACGACCUUUUGGCCCGCUCCCGAUCUUGGACCUUACUCAGGAUCUGGAAUGGCGACAAUCCGAUAUGACACUUGAAGCUGUCUUCCCACUGUCAGGGCACACACCCUGA